GAGCGAGGCUGUACUUCGAGGGAAGCUGUUCGCGCUUGGGAUCCUCACCCGUGACCCGCAGGCCGCCGCCAGGUGGGCGGACCUGCCUCCGGGCGGUCCCUGCUGACCGCUCGCUGCGCGCACCGGCCAGGGCGCAAGGACACGGACUGCCGCGGGCUUAGAGACUCCGGGGAAGGGCCGGCGCGCACGCUGCCUGCCGACAUGUUCCCUGCGUCGGAGGAAGUGUGCGGGGAGAGCAGGGUUGAGGGGUCAAAAUGGCCUCUGCUCCUUGGGGCUGGAGGAGCACCUCCGAGCCCCUGUGCCCCAGGUGAAGCGACUAACCUGGAGAAGCCACGGCAUCCUCGGGCUGGCUGGGCACACUGCCCAUUUGGGAAAUGACCCGGGGCGGGGGAAGAGGCAGCCUUCCAGAUUGCCUUAUCUUGGAAGCUACGGGGCAGCGCUCAUCCUGAAGAUCAGGUGAUCCUUGGUAUCAGCCAUGUCAUCGAGGCCUUUUGAAAGUCCACCUCCUUAUAGACCUGAUGAAUUCAAACCCAAUCAUUAUGCACCAAGCAAUGAUAUGUAUGGUGGAGACAUGCACGUUCGACCAAUGCUGUCUCAGCCGGCCUAUUCUUUUUACCCGGAAGAUGAAAUUCUUCACUUUUACAAAUGGACCUCUCCUCCAGGAGUGAUUCGGAUUCUGUCUAUGCUUGUUAUCGUGAUGUGCAUUGCCAUAUUUGCCUGUGUCGCCUCCACGCUUGCCUGGGAUAGAGGCUAUGGAACUGGCUUAAUAGGAGGUGGUAUAGGCUACCCUUACGGAAGUGGCUUUGGUACCUACGGAACCGGCUACGGCUAUGGUUAUGGCUACGGCUAUGGCUACGGAGGCUACACAGAUCCAAGAGCCGCAAAGGGCUUUCUCCUGGCCAUGGUGGCCUUCUGUUUCAUUGCUGCAUUGGUGAUAUUUGUUACCAGCGUUAUCAGAUCUGAAAUCUCUAGAACGAGAAGAUACUACUUGACCGUGAUAAUACUGAGUGCUGUCCUGGGCAUCAUGAUGUUCAUUGCCACAAUUGUCUACAUAAUGGGAGUCAAUCCAACUGCCCAGGCUUCUGGGUCGCUAUACAGUUCACAGAUAUAUGCCAUCUGCAACCAGUUUUACACGCCUGCAGCUGGUGGACUCUACGUGGAUCAGUAUUUGUAUCACUACUGUGUGGUAGAUCCCCAAGAGGCAAUUGCCAUUGUCCUGGGAUUCAUGGUUAUUGUGGCUUUUGCUUUAAUAAUUUUCUUUGCUGUGAAAACUCGAAGUAAGAUGGACCAGUAUGACAAGUCGAAUAUUUUGUGGGACAAGGAACAUAUUUAUGAUGAGCAACCCCCCAAUGUCGAAGAAUGGGUUAAAAAUAUUUCUGCUGGCACACAAGACAUGCCUCCUCCCCCUUCUGACUAUGUGGAAAGAGUGGACAGCCCCAUGGCUUACUCCUCCAACGGUAAAGUGAAUGACAGGAGGUCAUAUCCAGAGUCUUCCUAUAAAUCAACACCGGUGCCUGAGGUGGUGCAGGAGCUUCCAGUGACUUCACCGGUGGACGACUUCAGGCAGCCUCGCUACAGCGGCAGUGGUAACUUUGAGACGCCUUCAAAAAGGGCACCUAUGAAAGGAAGGGCGGGAAGGUCCAAGAGGCCGGAGCAGGACCACUAUGAAACAGACUACACGACCGGGGGCGAGUCCUGCGACGAGCUGGAGGAGGACUGGAUCAGGGAAUAUCCACCUAUCACUUCAGAUCAACAAAGACAACUCUACAAGAGAAGUUUUGACACUGGCCUGCAGGAAUACAAGAGCUUACAGGCAGAACUUGAUGAAAUCAAUAAAGAACUUUCUCGUCUGGAUAAAGAGUUGGAUGACUAUAGAGAAGACAGUGAAGACUACAUGGCUGCUGCUGAUGAGUACAAUAGACUGAAGCAAGUGAAGGGAUCUGCAGAUUACAAAAGUAAGAGGAAUUAUUGCAAGCAGUUGAAGAGUAAAUUGUCGCACAUCAAGAAGAUGGUUGGAGAUUAUGACAGACAGAAGACAUAGAAGGCAGAUGAUACCACAUUGUUUGAGAGGUUAAGAAGUUAUUUGACAUCUCUGCAAUGUUGUCAGAAGGCAAAAUGACUGGAUUCUAACCCAGGAAGACAAACCUUUGUCACAUUACAUACUUUUGGUGGCUUUACUAUCAUCAGUUUAAUAUCAUCAGUAUUGAAGCAUUUUAUAAGUAGCUUUUGAUAAUCAACUGGGCUGAACACUCCAAUUAAGGAUUCUGUACUUUAAACUUCGGCUCUUAUAUUAAGGACUGACUAUAGGUUGAGGUUUUUAAACCUUGAAGGCAGGUCCCAUGGUGAACUGUGCUAUGAAUUUGCACACUCAGGCAGUGUUUUCUUAACACCUAAGUGCACGCACUGGUUCACAUUGGUGAUCUCAUCCAUUCCUCCCAGAAAUCUGUUUUCAGAACUGUUAUUUAUAAUCAUUUCUUUUCAGGUAGGGAGACUGGGUCCCUGCAGUGAAGGCUCUGAAGUGAAUCUGCCUGUUUCCUGGCUUAUAGUUUUGGUUAAGUCUGUUUUACGACUUGACUCCAUUAAUUAAAGUCCCUCGGCCUUUCCCUUAGCUCCUGUGGCUAGUGCAUUCUCUCAACCUCCCUAUUCAUUUUUUUUUUUUCUGUGUAUAAGUGGUUAAAAGAGCUUUUCAUUGUUGUGUGCUAUCCAGAUAAUAAAGAUCAUGUAAAAAUAACACAUUGUGAAACUUAAAAGAUUGUAAAUACAUACAGGUAUUCACUUUUUAAAAAUCACAGUUUAAACCUGGUUAGAAUUUGGUUGUGUAUUUUAAAAUUCUUUUAAAUCUUUUAUGGUUUACAUGUGUGUUUGUUUCCUUUUUUUAAACCAACUAGGCUUUUUCAUUAUAUCAGAAUAUCUGAUUACAUUGCUAAUUCGGUUGUGACUUGGAUCGUGUCUCAAGAGAAUAUUCAAGUUCUGUACAUAUUUUGUAAGGUAUUAAACCUGGUGUUUUCUUUCAUAUACUUGUUUGACAUCGUUCGUGCUGUUGAUAUGAAGAUGUGGAAAAUUACACUCAGUUUUAUCUGAGUAUAUAGUUUAUUGCAUUAAACUAUAUUGGUUGCUGUGCUGGUUGCUGAAUUUCCCAGUCUUUCGGUUAUAAGAAGGCUGAUUUGUCUGAGAAUACAGCACAAUACAACAAAACAUCAAAUUCUUUCAGAUGGUGCCCUUGGUCUCACCACUUUUUUUUUUUUUUUAAUUAAAAUUUUUGUUAGUAAAGUAAAAUUAGCUGAUAGUAGUGGGCAUAUAGCUAGCCAAGUUGAUUGUUUUUAUCUCCCCCCCCCCCAGGUUUAGAGUGGUUUUUGUGAAAAUUUUGGAAGAAUAACCUUUAAUCAUUAGUAUGCAAUUCAGACAUUAUACCCAAGUCUGAAUCAUUUUCCAAAGAUAAACCUUAAAAUGUUUCUUUUAUAACAUUGUUCAUUUCUUCAAAUUGAAGAAAUUCUUAAUUUUCCAUGUGCUGUACAUACUUAUUACAAAAGGUAGUAGUUUAUAGUUUUCGUGCCUUUUGGAUUCACACCAAAUGGUAAGGACUCUUUUGAGGAACUUAACUCAUUUUUAUGCAUGCUAAAAUAUAAAUCUCUUUGUUCUUGGAAGUUCGUGUACUUAGAUUAUGAAGAUGGCAAAAUUGCCAGUGUUCUGACAAAAUAGUACUGUUCACCUGAAUGCAGAAAACCAAAUAGCAUGAGUUUCCAUUGUAAACUUGUGUCAUAAGGUUGAACUUUGAAAUAAAAAAACAAGAAAGUCA